AUGUGUUUCUUUGGAUUCGCCAAAGUUGCGAAGGAACUGGUGCGAGCAAACUCUGUGGUUAACUACAAAAAUGAGCAGGGCAUGAACUCCUCUGCUUUGCUUCAAGCGUCGCAGCAAGGUCAUAUAGACAUGGUUGAGCUGCUUCUGGCAGCCAGUGCCGCUGUGAACGGUGCCCGGAGUGAUGGGGCCACUCCGCUGAUCCUGGCCUCACAGGCGGGACACAGCGAUGUGGUUUAUAAGCUGCUAGAGAUGAAGGCAGAUGUGAACCUGGGCCGAAGUGACAAUGGCCAGGCUUUGAUGUUUGCAGCCCAAGAAGGUCACACAGAUGUUGCAAGGCAGCUUAUUGCUGCGAAUGCCAGAGCCGACGCAAAGGCUGAUUCUGGCGCGACAGCACUGACUUUGGCUGCCCGAAACAGAGACGAGGCAAUGUUGCGCUGUUUGCUUGAUGCAGAUGGUGGAGACAAGUCCAUUGAUUUGGACAAGCUGUUUGACGGUAAAGAAUCCUAA